AUGAAGCUACGAAUUGCGUGUGUUCAAUUCAGUGCCCGCUUGGGAAAGGUGGAAUCGAAUGUCGCUAAGGUGAAGCAGCUUGUUUCGACUAUCAAAAAUGAUAUUGAUCUCCUCUUACUUCCCGAGUUUGCUGUGACUGGCUACAACUUCUCAUCCAGGGACGAGAUCGAACCAUUCCUUUGUGCAGCGGGAACAGGACCGUCUGCGCUGCUUGCACGCUUUCUUUCAGAGAAAUUUGAAUGUACGACAAUCAUUGGGUACCCGGAGAGACUUGGCGACAAAAUUUACAAUUCAGCUAUGGUUGUUGACAAGCUGGGCCAGCUAGUUUACAAUUACAGAAAAACGUUUCUAUAUGAGACAGACGAAGCAUUUGGAUGUGAUGAAAAUCCUGAUAAUCUGUUUAGCCCGGUCAAACUUCUUCUCGGAAAGGGUGAGAACAAAGCCAACGUGACAACAAAUUUGGGUAUUUGCAUGGAUUUGAACCCCUACAAGUUUAAAGCACCAUUUUUCGAAUAUGAGUUCGCAACAGCCUGCUAUAGAAAUGAAUCUUCGUUAAUACUUGUGCCAACAGCGUGGCUUUCAGAGAAUUCACCGUCCAUUAGUCCCGACCUUUCUGAGGCUGAGAAGCAAGAAUAUGGGAAACGCUUAGAGAAACAGUUUGAAGAUCAGCCUGCCUACCCGAUCAAAAACGCGGAUAAGACAAGCGUCCUGACAGUAAACUACUGGAUUCUUCGGUUCUUCCCAUUUUUGUCUCACCCUAAGAACCACUUUCCCAGGAAGACAAAGAAGACCACAAUCGUCAUAUGUAAUCGUACAGGAGUCGAAAAAGAUACCUUGUACACCGGUUCUUCAGCAAUUAUCCAAUUUGAUCCAAGAUUGCCAAAUUCAGAUCAUAUAAAUCAAGAGAAUCCGAGUGUGAAGGUGUUAGGGGCACUUGGACAGGCUACAGAGGGUAUACUCUACCAUGAAAUAGAGAUAUAA